CGAGAUCCCGCAAGCUGGGAAGCUCUCCAACACCUUAACUCCACUACAACUAACCAACGAAUUCCCCAACCUCCUUGUCCGAUCGACUGCCUCCUGCCCGCUUCUCGAGCGUGGCAACAGGUCGUUGUCUUCUAUUCGAUUUACUCCCCCUCUCAUCAGCUCUAUUCGGAUCUCCCGUCACCAUGUCCAAACCAACCAAGUACCUCCUCGUGUCCUUCCCCACCUCCAUCACCCCCUCUCACCACCGUGAUGAUGCGCUCGACGCCAUCACCGCAACUGUUGCCCCCGAAAAUGGAUCGGUCGCCCCGUUCCCAAUUCCGGAAUUCAAAAUCGGCACGUUAGACGCCCUCGUGCAGCAAGCCGACGAGCUGGGCAAACUCGAGACCGCCUGCCAAGGCGUCGUGUCCAAAGUCGGCGAUGCGCUAAAAAAUAUCCUGGAGGGCGAUGAGGCGCAGAUCAGCAAGAUGAAGACUGUGAAUGACAAGCCGGUGGACCACUAUCUGCGGACCUUCACAUGGAACAAAGUCAAGUACAGGGCCGAUAAGCCUUUAGCGGAGCUGAUUGACCUCUUACAGAAGGAAGCCGCCAGCAUCGACAAUGACAUCAGGUCUAAAUAUGCCCAGUACAACCAAGUCAAGAACAACCUGGCGACGCUCCAACGGAAGCAAACAGGUAAUCUGGCCAACAAGUCCCUCGCAUCGGUUGUCGAUCCUCGCAGUGUAGUCCAGGAUUCGGAGUACAUCGAGACACAUCUUGUUGCUGUCCCGGCUCAGCAGGUUAAGGAGUUCCUUAAGACGUACGAAACCAUCUCGCCCAUGGUGGUUCCGCGGUCUGCAACUUUUGUCGCUUCGGAUGACGAGUUUACGCUGUAUGCCGUCACCACGUUCAAGAAACACAGCCCGGAGUUCGUCCACAAGGCCCGUGAAAACAAGUGGAUCCCCCGCGAUUUCAAGUAUGUAGAAGGUGGAAAGGAGGACGAGCGCAAGGAGUUCGAGCGCGUAGGGGGCGACGAGCGCAAGCUCUGGGGCGAGACACUGCGACUCGGACGGACGGCGUGGAGUGAGGCAGUCAUGGUCUGGAUCCACGUCUUUGUUCUCCGCGUGUUCGUAGAGACCGUCCUCCGCUACGGACUUCCGCUUGACUUUGUCUGCACGCUCAUUCGGGCACCGAGUUCUAAGCAAGCGGACAAGGCGAAACACAAUCUGGACGAGAAGUACUCGUACCUCGCCGGGAAUGCGUUUGGCCGGGACAAGAAAGGACGGGUCAAGAAAGACGACCCGGGCGAGGCGCACGAGGGAGGCGGAGAGUACACAGCGUAUGUGUAUUACGCGUUUGAGUUCAGUUAAGCGAUCCUGUGAAUAUCUGUCCUGGUAUGGUACACUUGAUACCUUGUUUUUGUAGCGUAUAUACUUUACUUCACUUGUCUGCUUCGCAUCAUACUCCUGAUCAAACGAACGACU